CAAUUGGUGAAGAGGAUCCCUCAUCUGGCAGUCUGGAGGCACUAAAGGGGUAUUAAUAGGUGGUGAUACAUCUGGCCGGAAAUACCAAUUAUCAGCAUUGAUCUGAACGAACGUCAUUGAAUAGUUCUGUCAGCUGAAAAAUGUACGUUUUCCCACCAAAACUCCAUGAUUUGUCGUCAUGGUCUACCGAAAACAAUACUUCGAACGUCGAAGAAAUGUGGGAAAUCAGCGCACCACCAGACCACAGUCUGUAUUGGUCUUUAGUCCUCUCUUUUGUGAUAGCCUCGCCGGAAAAGUCAGACUGGAUGGAGCGUUUGCUUGGCACCGAAAAGGAGAUUCAAGAACUGAUGCAGAAAAAGAAAAUCCAAGGCAAGAAGUUGGUCCCUCAAAGCAUAAAAAAACAAGUGAUGAAUUUCAAUCCUUUUAAGAAUCAACAUUCUUUUUAUCAUAACAAAGACAUGACCAAUAUCUUUCGAAUGUUCAGUUUGAGGCUCAACCGCUUCGCAAAUGGGACGAGAAGAGGUUCUGGUGAGUGGGGUGACGACACAAAAUUAAUGGCAGCUACUAAAAUGCUCAAAUGCAAUAUACAAGUGUAUGAAAUCGAUUCAGAAGGAAACAAACAAAAAUUCAAGCUAAAUGCCCCUGCUGUUGCCAAGGAUACAUUAGUCUUAUUUAAACAUUCUGGAGUUCAUAAAAUGUAUAAAACUAAACCACCACCAGGACAAGAUCGUGAUCACAAAGUGAUAAACACAUAUGCUUUUGGAAUGAGCUUUGACCACGUGAUACCUUUAAGACGGGAUGCUUUAGGGCAUAUUUUGAAAAAAACAGAUCUAAACCAUCAAAUAAUCCGAGAACUACAACACGAUUUCAAUGGCAGUGGGAAUUUUUUGGUAUCUCUGAUGGUCAAAGAUUCGAAGAAGGAAACCGUACAAUCAAUUUAUGCCUCUCCUUAUAUUGCUUGGAAGUUAGAGGCGGCAGGAUUUGUCACUGAUCCUUGUUCUCUGGACGAAGGUGGAUUGUCUGCUUUCUAUCACUGCCUGGGACUGGAUUCUACUUUUCUUCUCCACGUUCUUUAUGACUAUGCUUCUAACAGUUUCGAGCAUUCGGAUAAGACAACGAGGAACCCAGACACAGAAAUUCUCCGAGCCUUGAUAAAUAUUGGACGUGUUUUACAGAAUGACUGUUUCAAAUCGAAAAGCUUCUCGAUGCAGGGAACUAAGAAAAGCAUUGCUAUAAAGAGUUACGAGGAAAUUUUAUGCUUUAAUGAGUAUCAGCGUCGUGUUGUCGAAAAUAUCGCUGAUUUGCAGAGGAAUUAUCCUGCGCAAAUGCCACAAACUGAUGAUGAUGGUGUUAAUUUAAUGAGAAGAAAACAAAUUAUUACAUCACUUUUGGAGUUUUAUCCAAAGUAUUUUGAUUACCCUAAUGAAAUCCAAGCAAAAGAUACUGUGGCAGAUCAAAAUAAGUAUAGGAAAUUUCAGAACUUCAUUCAACGUAGUGAGUAUUAUGAAAAUUUGGAUAAUUACACUUGUCUUUUGUUUUUCGAUAACUUUCUUUUCUUAGACCUUCCGUCCGAGAUAGUGAAUUCUGCCGUUCAUAGUUUGUUUCUUACUGUGUUCGGUUAUAAACUUUUUCCGAAAUGCUUGCACGACGUUUACUGCACAAAACAUGUUCACACUCCCGAGGACUGCGCACUUCGCGUGAUUCCUUUUAUCUUUAGAUCUAAAUUUUUAGAGAGUGCAAAAGUUGUAGAGCAAGAACUAAAAUGUCCCUCGACAGGCGGCGCUGGAGAAUCUCCAAAACAGCAGUCAAGGAAAGAAUCAAAGGAAAAGAAUCCAAACUCUGUUUUGAUGCAAGUCACCUCGGGUCUGAAAGAUCUUCCAGAAAUUAAGGACGAAUUCUUGAUUGCUAGACUCCGGAAAUAUCUCGAUAUUGCAACCAAUAUCACAAUUACUGACGUAGAUAUGAAAGGAGUUUUGGCCAUAGAGCGUGCUCUACAAGUUAUUGGGGAGACAUUGAACACGACAGAAAGUGCUAGUGUUAUCGGCCAUUUGCUAUGUUCUUGUCUAUCUCAAGACGUCGUGGAAGAAUUCUUUAGAAUUCGGAAUCAUUGUUUAUCGAAAUAUCGACCUCGAGCGAUGGGAGGAAAAUUGAACUUGGAAAAGAACUUGGAAAAGGAGAUUAUGAGAUUUAGAAAUAUACAAGAUAUAGUUGGGCAGGUGCAUUCUGCGAUUAAACCGGUUUAUGCAAGUCAGUUAUUAAGGAUUACAGAUUAUAUGGUUCGAAGAGGUUUAUGUGAGUCAAAAGAUAUUGAUACAUCUGUUGCACAAAAUAUGAAAAGGGAGCAUAAUGAACUAACUCACAUACGGAAAAAAAUAUAUAUCAAAAAUAAAAGCAGAUAUCAUUGUUUGGCAAAUAACUUGCUUACUUAUAUUGAAAGGGAUGCUACAGUAGAAAAAUAUAACAAGUUUCAAAAAACGGGGCAACUUUCUGCUUUAAAAUUCUUAUUUGCUUUUUUAGCUAAUCAAAGUGAUGAACCUAAAAAGAAUGAGAUUCUUUAUAUUCUGAAGGAAGUAGACGAUUUAAGCAAAUAUUUUGAAGACAAAGCUAAUGCAUCCCGACAACAAAAAAUUGAUAUUUUGGAUUCCGAGAGUCAGAAGAUCAUGAAAGUGGUCUCGGAUUUGCGUAAAAUCACUGAUAGUAUAUUUUCUGAGGUAACAGGAGAAUCAGAAAGAAUAAUCGACCAUUCUAUAGUCAAAAAUUUCUUUAAUGAUGCGCGAAGUUUCAGUUGGUUCACUGGGGAAGAGAUGUUAGCAAUCAAAGAAAAGAUAGCUCAGCAUAUGCAAUCUUCUCGUGAUGCUAAAGCAUCUCUAGAGAAAAUUUUACGACCAUUAUCUGAGAAGAAGAAACAGAACGCCAAUGUUACAGAACACCAUUUAUUUGAGGAAGAAGCACGGCAACUUCUGGUUGACAUUUUCACCUCGGAGAAAAACAAAAGCAAUAUAUUGGAAAACCUCACAAGCAAGCCCAAAGUUGCUUUGAAGUACCUUAAUUCAAUUAAGAGUGAUGAGCAAGACGUAUUCGAGAAGAAUAGCGAUCGAGAUGAUCUAGACUCCUUGAUGAAAUUUUCAGAAACCGAAGAAGGAACACAUUUAUUACUAAAAAUGAAUUUCCCGACUGACUUGCACCUGAAAGUACUGCAGUUUCUAAAUCGGAAAGUUGAAUUUCUUCUUGACAGAAUCAGUCAUCUGAAGGCAAUACUUAUAGAAGAAGAUGAAGAAAUUCUUAGUCUAUGGAAUUGGGGUAAAAGCGAGGCGAUCAAGACCCACACUAGAUACCUCAUGUGCCAACGGUACAUGCGGGAAAAAGACGUAAAAGCGUCUCUGGAGAUGCUGCUUUUCGAUUGCAUGAACAUUCUGAAGACGAGAGAAUCCCUCAGCAGACUCUGGUCGAAAGCCAAUGACCUGUUCUCAGGUGCCAGCCUCCGCGACAUCUUGUCCCACGGAAGUACAAUCCUUGAGAUCGUCGGCAAUUGUUUGGAUCAAGACGACCUGCCUUCCCAUUUUAUAGAUAAAAUGCUAGAGUUAAUAGAAGAUGGCGAUGCCCUGAGGACUCUCUCAGACCUGUGGGGGAAAGAAAAAAUCAAGGAUCUGAAGCAGCUCGAAGCCAUGUUGGAUGCAGACAACCCCUCCCUCCGGGAAGUCCAGAAGUGGAUGAAGAAAAGACCCGGGAGUGUGGGUGGUUGGAAGGACUACCUGCCUCUUUUGCCACUAAAGUGAUGAUCUGAAUGGAUUUCAAUGAAAAUUUCAAUUAUCAAACUAAGAAGACCUCAGAAACAAGAAAAAUGAUUUCACUAUAAUCAUAAUGCCUGAUAUGCAUCAAUUUUGUUAAAAAGUUGUUUUUCCAUUGUUAAUUUUCAUUUUUAAAAUCAAUCUGUGAUAAGAUCUAUAUGUGAUAAAAUAUUACUCGCGAAUUAUUAUAAUUGGAAUCUGAUAUUUUAAAUGAAAUUUCUGUAAAAAUGGAUGGAAGUAAUAUGCCAAAGAUUUGAACAUUAUCUGUGAUUUUUAAAACUUUUUUUCCACGAUGGUAAAGAUGGAAUUUUGAAAUCGAUUUUCAUUCACUGCAUGAAAUUCUACAUUUUUGAAAUUUUAUACAUUAGUACGUUUUGGAUGACAACACUCUUUUUAUAUUUUCAGAAAUGAAAUGCUGAAUUUCCGAUUUUUUUUUUUUUUUCGCUUUUGUAUUCUCGAUGACAGCGCAACAGGAACUUAAUAAUCAAUUUUCCGAUAAAUCUAAUUAAGCUUUCACUCGAUACGAGAAACGAAAUGUGUUAAUAAAUUCAAAGAAACAUUCUGAUUUCAAGAUUCCAUAUCAUUUAUGAUAAUUAUUUAUAAAUUGGACUAUAAAAUGGGAAACAUAAAAAUUUAUAUAUAUAUACUUUGCUCUGAUGAGUUGACGGUUGUGACGUCAAAAUUUUGCACCAGACGAAUCUAUUUGGAUAAAUUAGGAGACGAACGAGUAUCAAAGUUUGCCACAUUUAUCUGCUUUUAUCAAUAAUGUCGAUAACCAAAAAGGCGAUAUUAAGUUAACGCAAUCCUAUUUAGUGUAACAUUAAUAUUUUUCCGUGACUUGAAGUAUGUUUUAAACUUUUUUCCCUCUCAACAAAAGUAUCGAUCUCAGGGUAAACCGUCAUCUCGUCAUAGCCAAGCUAUAAAAGAGUGCUAAAAAUAUUUUUAUGAAAUUUGCUGUUAUGGUUGUUUAAUGAAUGUUUUGAUUUAAAAAUACUUUUACGAAAUUUAUAAUUGUUGUUUAAUGAAUGUUUUUAUUUAAAAACAUUUUUAUGAAAUUUAUAGUUGUUGUUGUUUAAUGAAUGUUUUUAUUUAAAAAUAUUUUUAUGAAAUUUAUAGUUGUUGUUGUUUAAUGAAUGUUUUUAUUUAAAAAUAUUUUUAUGAAAUUUAUAGUUGUUGUUUAAUGAAUGUUUUUAUUUAAAAAUAUUUUUAUGAAAUUUAUAGUUGUUGUUUAAUGAAUGUUUUUGUUUAAAAAUAUUUUUAUGAAAUUCAUAGUUGUUGUUGUUUAAUGAAUGUUUUUAUAAUUCAUUUAUCUGUUCAAUA